CCCGUACUUAAGGAAUGAUAAUGAUAAUAAUAAUGAUAAUAAGAACAUCCCGACUUAAUUUGGGAGGAAGAAAACUUGCCUAGAUAGGCAACAUGAAUCAAGAUUUGUGUACCUGAAGGAAAAGGGCUGCCUGCUGGCACCAUGAAGUUAUUGAAGAAGCUGACAGAAUCAUGUCUGAAUCCAUUUAGUAACUCUUUUUCCUUCACCCUUUUUUUUAGUGCAGUUAAAUACCCGACCCCACUGGGAACAAUAAAGAUCUAAACUUUCUGCUGAUAACAAAUCUGCCCAUGUGAUUACUUGCACAGAAUUGACAAGAACAAGUGAAAAAGAUUUCAUCUAUACUACAAACAAUAACCACCCAUCUUGUUCUUUCCCUUUAAUAAAAAGCCUGCAAAUACUCUCCACCCCAAAAGAGAAGUCUUGUGCUUGCCAAAUCUAGCUUCCUGGAAUACAGUUUCAGGAAUCUGGUUUGACAGUCCACCAUUGGCAAUAUCAAUCCACCAAAGUCAAAAAGAGAAUCUUUCCCUCCCAACAUGCCACAUUGCUACUAGAGCCUCUCAAGCUUUUUCUAUUUGAUUAGAGAAUCAGACAGGCAGUUCCAAGAAAUGGACAAAAUCAGUUGUACGAAGGUUGUCGUUCUUCCAGGUGAGUCCGAGGACAAACCAAGUGGGAAGAUGGGGUACAAGGUUGGCAGCAGAGGGAUCAAAUGUGAGAAGCUGAGGAACCUGAUCAUCAGAGCAGUGAAAACUCACAAGUCGAAUUCCAGCAAUCCUGCUUCUUCUACACCUGGAGAAUCCAGGUUCUGGGCUAUAGGAAUCACAUUGCUGCUGAUUGUGAUGUGGACUUGUGGAAUGCAGUCAAUGGCUUUCCAGAAUGCCAAGUGGCCAGCAGCAACUUUGAAAUUUAUCCAUCCUGCUGUUAUCAUACCUGAAAGAGUUUACCGCAACAAUGGAUAUCUGACUGUGUCAUCCAAUGGAGGAUUAAAUCAAAUGCGGUCAGGAAUUUCAGACAUGGUUACUAUUGCAAGAUUCUUAAACCUGACGCUUGUAGUUCCCGAACUGGACAACACCUCAUUUUGGCAAGAUAACAGUCAGUUUGGGGACAUCUUUGAUGUCGAUCACUUCAUUGAUUCCUUGAGAGACGAACUUAGGAUUGUGAAAGAGUUGCCUCCAUACCAGAAGUAUAAACUAAAGAGUCGGCCACUGUUUCAACUGGCACCUCGUAGCUGGUCUAACAUGUCCUAUUACUAUAAUACGGUUCUGCCAAUCUUCAGAAAGUUCAAAAUAGUCCAUUUCCUGAAGACCGAUGCUAGACUCUCGAACAACGAGCUUCCUGAGAAUGUUCAGAAGAUGCGGUGCAAGGUUUACUAUGAAGGGUUAAGGUUCACUCCAUACUUGGAGAAGAUUGGGAAGAAGGUCGUGAGCAUCCUGAGGAAGAAAGGUCCCUUCUUGGCUCUUCAUCUUAGAUACGAAAAGGAUAUGUUGGCAUUCACUGGUUGCACCAAAGAGCUUAAUAAGCAAGAAGUAGACGAGCUUACGUCAAUGAGGUAUGCAUGUCCAUGGUGGAAGGAGAAGAAGAUAAACUCGACACAGAAAAGGGAAGAAGGGUUAUGCCCAAUGACUCCAGGUGAAGUUGGGCUUGCACUGAAAGCACUCGACAUAGAUCCGGAGAUCCAAGUCUACAUUGCUGCCGGGGAGAUUUAUGGAAAGGAAAAGAGACUCGAGGGUCUUAGAGCUUUCUAUCCAAAUCUGGUGAAGAAGGAAACUUUGCUACCAAGUUCAGAUUUGGGAGAGAUUAAGGACCAUUCAAACAGGAUGGCAGCAGUGGAUUAUAUUGUGUCAUUGGCUAGUGAUAUUUUCGCCCCAAGCUAUGAUGGUAACAUGGCCAAAGUUGUGGAAGGCCACCGCCGGUAUCUGGGAUACAAGACGACUAUACGUUUGGAUAGAAAGGUUCUAGUGACACUGAUAGACAAGUACAAAAGCGGGAAAAUGAGGUGGGAUGAGUUUUCUGAUUCAGUGAAGAAGGCUCACAGAGGGCUAAUGGGUGGACCUGUUCAGAGACUGAAGAUCCGUGGGAAGCCAAAAGAAGAGGAUUACUUCUACUUAGAUCCUGAGGAGUGCUUGCCCAAAAUGUAUCCGUCUUCACAGGGUAAAAGUGCCAAGCUGAAGCAACAAUCGUCCAUCUAAACGCUGGCCUGAAGCUUUUCCAUUUUUACCGAGGUAAGUUCCAGUUACUAAGUAGAAAGUUGACACAGCAGAUAGAAAUGUUCUUUUUUCCCAUAACCAUGGAAAGAGGGUAAGAAUUGCCUCUGUAAGUGCAAGGAACUUGUUUCAUGCAAUGCUGCCGUGUCAGACUUCCUUGCCAUUAUGAAUGAAUCUCAACGAUACUCGAGAAGAUUCAGUGUCAAGUCUUCCAACAGUUGUUGGGAUCUCAAGUUAUUGGUACAAGAUGAAUUUGACGUGUAAUUUCUUUUAUGCAUUUUAACGAUUAACUAUAACAUGUUCAUCACCUUUUUUCUGGGAUCAAUAGCAGAUGAAGAAUGGAAGCAUAAGCAGAGCUGCCAAAAGAAUUUCUUAAGGAUCUUAUCAGAAUGCUGUGACUGGUUAUGCUUUGAGUUUGUAGUCUAUUCAAAUGAAUCAACACUAGUUUUAAUUUGUUGAUGUUUAGGAAUGGUAACCUCAAUCAGUUAAUGCUCCAUGUUCACUUUCAAGACAGGAAACAAUAUGAAAAAAAUUUCCAAGCCUCGUCAAUGCAUCUUCAAACCUUUUAAUUUGAGAGAAUAAACCCAAAAAAUUCGUCACUCACGCUGUUUGCCAGAGGUGAUUCCUUGAAUUUUGUUUCCAGGAAUCAUUUCCUGGUUCGAGCCGGGAGAUAGCCUCUAACUUUAGUAAGGUAGCUUCAAUACUUUAGGUAUUAUCAUAACUAGUAUCAAUACUCACGGCUACGCCGCGAGAGAUAUAUAGUCGUAUAUUUAGAAGUACUACAGUGAUAACAAAGAUAAUUAGAAAUU